UUUCCCGGAUGGAGGAGCGUCGCCAUCUUUACGCCAGUGUGCUACCGGUGGGUGUUCAGUUCAGCGGAGCAACGGUGCUGUUGCUCAUCCACCACCAGGAAUCAACCGAGCUGCCGAUAAUCCCUUCCUCGCCACUGGGACGCCGCGAGCAGCCCCGAACGAUCCGAGCACCAUGGCGGACAGAGAGAACCUGGUGUACCAGGCAAAACUCGCCGAGCAAGCGGAGAGAUACGACGAAAUGGUGGAGUCGAUGAAGAACGUGGCCAGCAUGGACGUGGAGCUGACUGUGGAGGAGAGGAACCUGCUGUCGGUAGCCUACAAGAACGUGAUCGGCGCCAGGAGAGCGUCCUGGAGGAUAAUCAGCAGCCUGGAACAGAAGGAAGAAAACAAAGGCGGAGAAGACAAAUUAAAGAUGAUCCGGGAAUAUAGGAAAACGGUCGAGAAGGAGCUAAAAUCGAUCUGCAACGACAUUCUGGACGUGCUGGACAAGCACCUCAUCUUAGCUGCAGUAACAGGAGAGUCUAAGGUUUUCUACUACAAGAUGAAGGGAGACUACCACCGGUACCUGGCAGAAUUCGCCACUGGCAACGACAGGAAGGAGGCAGCAGAGAACAGUCUGGUCGCCUACAAAGCUGCUAGCGACAUCGCCAUGAUCGAACUGCCUCCAACGCACCCCAUCCGCCUCGGGCUGGCCCUUAACUUUUCUGUUUUCUAUUACGAAAUCCUCAACUCGCCGGACCGCGCCUGCAAGUUGGCGAAGGAAGCGUUCGACAAUGCCAUCGCCGAACUGGAUACGCUGAGCGAGGAGAGCUACAAGGACUCGACACUUAUCAUGCAGCUGCUACGGGACAACUUGACACUAUGGACCUCAGACGUGCAGGGAGACGAUUCUUAAGGACUGCCGUUCCUCCUUCCGUUGUAGAAGUCUAAUUUGUGAAGAACAGAACAAAGAACCACCGCAAGAUGCAGAGGAAGAGACCCCCGGAGACUGAACAACACACGACUCCUCCUCCUCCUCCUCCUCUUUUCUCUCCUCUCAGCACUAGCUUUUGUCCCCUGCCACAGUUUACCACUGGGUUUAUACUGCAGCCCAAACCCUUCCUCUUCCUUUCCCUCCAUCUGUCUUCCCCCCCCCCCCCCCCCCCGCCCGCUCUCCUCAUAUGCAUGACCCUCUCCCCCCUCCCCCUACAGGGCCUGCUCAGGUCUCCAUUUCCACGUCCCAGGAGUUUUACCUUAUUUUUGAUGACUCGUUUUGCAAGCCUGUACCCUUUACGGUUCACGUCGUCUUUUAUGGUUUCUUUUUCAUUUUUUUUUUUUUUUUGCUUUGCUGUAUUAUCUGUUGCCAAGUACGCUUGCCUGUAUUUCUAACACACAUAUGCAAGAGUUUAUUUAAAACAAUACUUAGCUGUUCAACUUUUUCCUGUAUUUGUGUGUUUCUAAACACUAUAUUGUCCAUGCAGUCAGUUCUGAAACAUUGAGGAAAUAAAGUGGUGAUGAAAGAUUUAACAGGGCUGUGUGAGAGCUUUUUGGAAGAACCAAGUGCCCUCUUUUACUUUACCAAACCUGCUCCUUUGACACAUCAAUAGUUCCUUUUUUUUUUGUUGUUUUUUUCAUGGCAAAUAGCAGAAUGUCCCCCUUCAAGCAUCGCUCUGACCUCUAUUCUUGUCCAUUCUCGGACCAAGUAAUGUGCUGCGAGGCUGUAGUAGGUAGUUGAGUAAAGGCUUUAGCAGACAAAGCGUGUGUGGGCGCGGAAUGCUCAAUGCUAUUGAUUGUAAAAUAAUGCAGUUUUGCAUUGGCACCAUAUUAAAAAAAAAAAACAAGGUUUGGGAAAUAAAGACCUGCUCUCUUGUCCUGACUUUCAGGUUUCCUUUCAACUCUUCUCGUGUCUUUCCUACUCCUCCUUUCCCCUCUUCGGUAUGUGUAAUGUGAAUCUGAUUUGUACUACUAGAUAUUCUCGACGGAGCAACGAGUACCAUCUGUAUUCUUACUGAAGCGCAGCAUGGAACUAACAUUAAACUUCAAAUUGAAACAUGUUCAA